AUGAGUCUUGACGAAUCAGUACCGAUGCAGUGGGUAGCACCAGACAACUUCCCUCUCAACCACAUGGACCAGGAUGCUCCUGGUUGCCACGCGCCCACCCCAUUUACGAGCGGUUCCAAGGACUUCUAUCACUACACCCAGAAUGGCAUGUCAUACAACGAUAACUUCAACCUUCCAUACUCGGCACAGUACCAGAGCCUAAACUAUCCGCGAACAUACAGCGACCUUGAUCUCAGCGGCCUACCCACCCUCACCUCAACCUGCCCUGGGUCAUACAAUGGCCCUGGCUCCAACGGUCUACCCGGUCCCAUCAGUAUCUCAGAGGCAUACCCCCCGGCAGCGUACCAGAUCGAGCCGCCAAAGCACCACGAUACCAUGGAUCUAUCUGAUCAGGACAUCAACAGCCAGCUCAUGCAGUUGAGUAAUGAUUAUGAACACCACCACUACGGUUCCCAUAUCAAGGCCGAGGACCAUAGUGGCUACCAAAGCCCAUACUCAGACCUGACCCGCGCUUCAACCCCCCAUGACGACUCACCUAGGGGUCCGCAUGACCACAAUGCUCGUGAAGCAGGUGCAAUUGACAAGGAGCAACCGUAUGCGCAGUUGAUAUACAAAGCCCUCCUAGAUGCAACCGACCACACUAUGAUCCUACGUGACAUUUACGAGUGGUUCAAGAAGUACACAGACAAGGCAAGCGCCUCGGAGACCCUGGGAUGGAAAAACAGCAUCCGGCACAAUCUCUCCAUGAACGGGGCUUUUGAGAAGGUCGACCAGACCUGCGACGACGCCCACAAAGGUUUCAAGUGGCGUCUUACAGAUAAAGCAGUCCGCGAAGGGGUCAAAUCCACGACCCGCUACCGCAGCAAGCAGCCGAACAAACGCGGCCAGCGCCCACAAAACCCGCUCCCCCAGCGUCAAGCGUCUGGUGCGAAGGGCGGCCAGGCUGCCCGCCGCUCUGCAAAGAUGAGACGCUCGAAUCGGGUGGAAACAUAUAGGAGUGAUCCGUACACCUCCCGCUCCAUGCCCGCCGCAUUUGAUCCGAUAUUCCAAAAUACGGAGGCGCUGAUGCCGUAUCCGCCAAGUCCGUACUAUGGAAGCGAUGUGGACUUUGGAUAUGGAAGUCAGGAUAGUGACUUUGGCAGUCAGUCUGUUGGUCCUGGCAUUGAUCUUUUCGGGCCUGCGAGGUCCUACACAGAAUCACCCUUGUCGCAGGGCAUGCCCAUCAUGGAUACAGCAUACGUGCUAGACCAUAGUCCGACUGAAAGCCUGUUUACUAACAGCCCCAGCCUAAGUCCGGAUGAGCCGAGGACGCCGGAGAGUCCGCGUAUGUGGGCUGGAGAGGGUACCCUCGGGGCGCCGAAUGUACAUGGCGAGGCUCCGUACCAAGCGUAUGCGGGAUGA